AUGAGUGGACCAAAAUCAGAUGAAAACGCUGUUGGAUCAUUCAAAUCAACGACAUCACAAAAUAUUCGCCAACCACGACAACGUCUGGCUUCAAAUUACCUUCUCGUUUGGAUAGAUGCUAGCAUCGACGAAACAAACAAGGAUUGCCAAGAAACAUUUGCUCAAUUGAAGAACGUGAUCAGCCAUAUCACCCUAUGCACUGAACCGGAUCGGUGCAUCCAAGUACUCAACAAGGUUGACAAGGAACGCGCCUUCGUGAUUACAUCAUACUCAUUAGGUCAACAUUUGGUUCCUGAAAUUCAUGGCAUGCUACAGUUAGAGGCAAUUUAUAUCAUUUGUGGCGACAAAUCCGAACAUCAAAAAUGGACUCAAAAUUGGGCAAAAAUCAAAGGUGUCCAUACAAAUAUGAAAGAUAUUUGUCAAGCAUUACAAGCGGAUGUCAAGCAAUAUAAUCAAGACUCCAUUGCUAUGAGUUUUGUCACCGUAAAUGAAUUGGCUUCAACUUAUGAUUCAAAUCAGUUGGAGCCAACUUUUAUGUAUACGCAGAUAUUCAAGGAGAUUCUCCUUGAUAUGGAACAUGGUAAACAAGCCAUCAAAGACUUUAUUACAAACUGCCGACAAAAUGAAUGCGGAUUCACAGUUACUAUUAAUCGAUUUGAAAAAGAAUACCAUGCUCAAUCAGCUAUUUGGUGGUAUACUUUCACUCCAUUUAUCUACUAUAUGCUGAAUGAUGGCCUUCGGUCGAUGGAAGGCAAUACCAUUAUUAAUAUGGGUUUCUUUAUUCAUGAUCUUCAUCAACAAAUCCAACAACUAUACCAACAGCAGGUUAAUCAUUAUCAUGACAAACCAUUUUUAGUUUAUCGAGGGCAGGGUCUAAAAAAAUCAAACUUCGAAAAACUUCAGAAAACAAAAGGUGGACUAAUGUCAUUUAACAAUUUUUUGUCCACCAGUAAAGAUAAACAAGUAUCUCUCAAAUUUGCUGAAUUUGCUUCGAUGAUACCGGAUAUGGUGGCCAUUCUCUUUGUAAUGUCAAUUGAUCCUUGUAUUAAAUCAACACCAUUUGCCUCUAUUAAAGAGAUGAGUGCUAUUAAGGAACAAGAAGAAGAAAUUCUUUUCUCAAUGCACGCCGUGUUUCGAGUGAAUGCAAUUAAACAAAUCGAUAAUAAUGAUCAACUUUAUCAAGUUGAAUUACAAUUAACAUCAGAUGAUGAUCAACAAUUACGAAUAUUGACUGAUAGGAUACGAGAAGAAGCUAGUGGUACUGAAUGGCAGAGGUUGGGUGUCUUAUUGCUUAAAAUUGGUCAAUUUAAUAAAGCUGAAGAACUUUAUAAGGUAUUACUCGAACAUACACUUGAUGAAGAUGAAAAAGCGUAUUAUUAUCAUCAACUGGGAUAUGUCAAAAAUGACCAGGGUGAUUAUAAAAAAGCUAUUUGGUAUUACGAACAAGGACUUGAAAUUAAACAAAAAACUCUUCCUUCAAAUCAUCCUGAGUUGGCUACUCCAUUCAACAACAUUGGUAGUGUGUAUGACAAUAUGGGAGAGUACUCGAAAGCACUUUCAUUUUACGAAAAAGCACUUGGAAUCUAUCAAGAGACUCUUCCUUCAGAUCAUCCCGAUUUGGCUACUUCAUACAGUAACAUUGGUUUGACCUAUAGCGAGAUGGGAGAGUACUCCAAAGCCCUUUCAUAUUACGAAAAAGUAUUUGAAAUUCUCAAAAAUACUCUUCCUUCAAAUCAUCCUUAUUUGGCUACUUCGUACAGCAACAUCGGUAAUGUGCAUAACAAGAUCGGAAAACACUCAAAAGCACUUUCAUUUUACGAAAAAGUACUUGAAAUUAAACAAAAAACUCUUCCUUCAAAUCAUCAUCAGUUGGCUACUUCAUACAACAACACCGGUAGUGUGCAUGAUUUUAUGGGAGAGUAUUCGAAAGCACUUUCAUUUUAUGAAAAAGCACUUGAAAUUCGACAAAAAACUCUUUCUUCAAAUCAUCCUGAUUUGGCUACUUCAUACGAUACCAUCGGUUUGGUGUAUAACCACGUUGGAGAAUACUCGAAAGCACUUUCAUAUUACGAAAAAGCACUUGAAAUUCGAGAGAAAUCUCUUCCUUUACAUCAUCCUGAUUUGGCUACUACAUACAACAAUAUCGGUAGUGUGUAUGACAGUAUGGGUGAGUAUUCGAAAACACGUUCAUAUUACGACAAAGCACUUGAAAUUCUCAAAAAAACUCUUCCUUUAAAUCAUCCCGAUCUUGCUAAUUUAUACAACAAUAUCGGUAAUGUGCACAACAAGAUGGAAGAGUACUUCGAAGCACUUUCAUAUUACGACAAAGCACUUGAAAUUCUCAAAAAUACUGUUCCUUCAAAUCAUCCUUAUUUGGCUACUUUGUACAGCAACAUCGGCAGUGUGUUUGACAAAAUAGGAGAAUACCGGAAAGCACUCUCACUUCACGAAAAAGCACUUGAAAUCUAUCGAAAUACUCUUCCUUCCAAUCAUCCUUUAUUGGCUACUUCAUACAACAACAGUGGUUUUGGGUAUUACAAUAUGAAAGACUAUUCGAAAGCACUUUCAUAUUUAGAACGUGCUCUGGACAUCCUACAAAGUGCAUUACCUCUAACUCAUCCUCAUAUCAAAAGUGUGAAAGAAAGUAUUGAAAUUGUAAAAAAGAAAUUAUAA